GCAAGAAAGAGGUUUGCGCAUUCUCUGCACUGACUCACUGUGGGGUCUUGAGCAAGCUGUGCAGCCCCUCACUAACUAUGUGGUUUACCCUAGGACCAGCCUAAAGAGGCUGUAUGUGGGUGGGAAGAAUGUGUGGAAGGCAAGUUUUGGUAAAGGAUGAAGACACAGUUAAACCAAAGGUACUGGAUCAGAAAGUGAAGACCCAGUUCCAGAGCUGCUUUCUAGCAAAGAGAAAGCAUCCUCUUCAGAACCAGAGCACACUGAAGCAGAGAAUGUUACAGGAUUGGAAGCAUGAAUUCCUGGCGCUCUGCAGGGAAGUCUGUGGUGUCCUGGCCAGAGUUAGGGCUCAUGCUCUGGUCACCGUCAUGUCACCCCAGGCUCUGCUGCCCAUCCUGUUUCUCUGUGUGCUGCUGCUGCAGGCCCAGGGAGGACAUCGUACCCGGAAGAGGAUGCAGACUGUGCCUGGAACGAGGAUCUGCGACCAGUGGCCCAGUAUAGAUCAAUGCAACCACCACUGUUCAUAUUUCCAAAAGUGUCAAGCAAAUAACACAUGCUGCUCCACUUUCUGUGGGAACAUUUGCAUGAGCGUUCUGUGAAUGGAGGAGCAGCUGGGCGGUGCCUCCUGCCCCACACCCCUCCGUUAGAGACUGUGCCCACGUCUCAAGCAGGAGGACCUCAAAUCACAGGCACAAAGACAUCCACAGGAACGCCGCCUCCCCACAGUUUGAAUUCCUUGUCCCUGUCAAAUAA